AUGACAAUAUCGAUUGCGACAGCGAGCAACAGACUAAAGAUGCUGUCCAGGCAGCUGUCGACGAGUAGAACAUCGCCAGUUUCCACUAAAUCUCUUAUCAACGAUAGCGUCAAGGAGUCCCCAGUGACCUUUACAGAGGGCGUUGGUCUCAAGACGUUUACUUUGAAUCGCCCCAGAGCGCUCAAUGCGCUCAACAGGGAUAUGAUGAAGCUUAUUAGGAGGCGUAUAGGGGAAUGGGAUGCUAAUCCAUCCACAGGCGUUAUAGUCUCUUCAGGCGUCGGCAAGGCGUACUGUGCUGGCGGUGACGUCAAGUCCAUAGCGCUCAACGCGAACAAAGCCGAAGCGCUCCAGAUUCUCAAGGAGGAGUUCGAACUCGACCACGAGCUAUCGGUGCUAACGAAGCCGUACAUAGCGCUAAUGGAUGGUUAUACGAUGGGGGGCGGGGCAGGAAUAGCGCUACCUGCACCGGUACGUAUAUCUACAGACAACACCUACUUGUCUUUCCCUGAGACGAGGCUGGGCUAUGCGCCCGACGUCGGUGCAUCGUACUACCUUUCGCGGCUGGAUGGUCAGCUGGGGACAUACCUCAGUCUGACAGGUGCGGGUGUGUCGGGGAGCGACGCUUACCACCUUGGUCUAUCCACGCACCACGUCUCGCCUUCCCUUUUUCCUGCUCUGCUCGCACGCCUCAGCGAUCUCCCGACACCCGUCACCGCGGCGGCUGUGAGUGGGGCGGUGGAGGAGUACACCACGCACCCUCUUCCCCGCUUAAGCGAAGAAUGGCGAGGAGCACACCGCCGCGCAAUUGACGACGCUUUCGGACAGGCCUCUGUGGAGGAUAUCGUGCAAGUGCUGCAACACCAGGCGGAGGGUGGAAAUAAGGGCGUAAGUGUGUGGGCAACCUCUACACUACACACACUCCGCCAACGCCCGCCUACAUCGCUUCGUGUCGCUCUCGAGGCAGUGCGUCGAGGCAUGAAGAUGCACAGUGUUGCGCAAGCCUUGCACCAAGAACACACAUUCGCAGAUGGGUUCCUACACGCCAAUGAAGAUUUCGCGAAAGGCGUGCAGGCAGUCUUGGUAGAUAAGGCUACCCACCCACCUGACUGGUCCCCGCGCUCGCUCAGAGAUACUCAUAAAGCGGACGUCCUUGGCGCGUAUUUCGCCGGUACGCAGCGCGUCCAUGGUGCGAAUGCACUCGAUUUACGCUCGGAGAAACGCCCACUGCAUGCCUUUAGGGAUUUCACCCUACCUUCCGAACACGCCGUCGAGAGUUACGUGCGCGGCUCUCAUCCAGCCUCGGGCGCUAAUGCCGUCACGCGCGACGAGGUACUCGCCUUCUUCAAAUCCGCUCACAGCAACAAGCAGAGCAAGGCCGUUGCAGACAAGGUGCAGGAGGUGCUCGAUAGAUGUGCUGAGGAGAAGGGUGGGUAUAUGAGGUGGAUUUAA